CAUUUACAGCUUACAGUUACUGAAAAAUACACAGCUGUCCGGUAUUUGUUGAAUGCCAAGCAUUCGAUUUGGCAGACAGUUGUAUGAUGAGAGGAGUGGAUAUGAGUGGGUGGUCUGCUACUCUGGGACAAGCCGUAGUAUGAUUGAUCUUUAACAACUUAAAAGUACAAUGGUGUUUGCCAGGAUUUACAGACUUGAAGAAAGAGCGGCACGCAUGAAAUGCAAUGACACUAACAACGCAAACCCAGAGUGCAAUAACAUUGUACUUUGGGAUUUUUAUGGGGAGAGCGAUGCUGUGCGGAGGGCGACUAUGGUUCCCCUCACGCCGCCGCCCCCUUUCCCUGCUCUUCCUCGCCGCCACAUGAGGAUCUUGCCGGGCUUUAUCCCGCGGACUCCAGGAAAGGUGGCAGCGAGGCCUCGACCGCUUCGUUCCUGGCGGAAGGUUUCAGAUCUGGGGCGGCGACCCCCCUUGGCGAGGCAACGACGUCCUCCCGGCUGGUGUCGGUUGCGGGCGAUUCUGGUCGGCCGGCUCGACCACGCGGGUGGUAAGCCGCCGGCGGGGGCUGGCUGUAGCGUGGAGUCCCCCCUUCUCGUCGGAUAUGAGGUCCACCCAUCAGGCACCACGUUGGCGAAUCGGUGCAUGCCGGUGCGCUGACUAAGACGCGCUUGGUCUUAGUGGGCUCGGUCGGACCGAGCCCGACCCUCAUGAACCCUAGCUCUCGUCGCCCCUCUCUCCCUAUCCUCUCUCCCGUGGAUCUCAGGCGAUGACUGCGGCUACCCCUAGCGGCGGCGGUGUCGUGGGAGGCUACGGAGACCUCCUGUCCUCGGGUGCGAUGACCACGUCGGUUUGGACAUUUGCAGUUCGUCCUACUACACCAGCGACGAGGAAGAAGAGGAGGAGUGUGACAGCCCCAAUGCAAUUCUUUCCCCCUCGUGUAAUCUUUCCCUGUAUGGCAACCUUGGCAUGUUAAUUAUGUGGUGUUAGCCCA